AUGGCUGAAGGACACGUCGCCCAAAGUGAAGUGGCGGAGUUAGCUCGUGCGAUUGGCCAACUAAACCUUGGGCAGCGGGCUAUGGGUGCGAUGGAGUUCAUAACAGUGGACGAUCAUCAGCCAACGAGCGAGCUCAUGGAACCUGACCUCGUGCUCAUAGACACGGCUGCAGAUGGUGAAGACUCCGUCGGCCCAACCCAGUCAACGAGCUCUACUAACGGUGUCCUUGACCGUGGGACUCGUCGGAUCGCGCGUCAGGCCACAGACCUUCUGGUUACAUUAGCAAACGCCCGUGGCAUUCCACCUCGUGCGGUCAUUGAAGCUCUUGACAUCCGCAAUCCCACCGUCAUAGACCGGCUCGAGCGAGCUAGCAGAAUGACGAUUGAUCUGAACGUCAUCGCGGAAGAGCUUCCAGACAACGACGAGCAUCUGCAGGCCUCCGAAACAAUCGCAGAUGAAGCCGAGCUGCUGGCAAUGGCGCUGGAGUUGCUGAACCGGCCUGAAAUGUAG